GGCACCGGCCAAAUAUGAUGAUUUAUCAUUUUCCUCUAUAUAUAUAAGGAGGUGGCAGAAGAUUUCUUGAUCCACAAUCAACACUGAUGCUCCUUCUUUUCAACAUUCCUUUCUUCCGUUGCUUAAUUACUUACCCUCUUUGAUUCUCUUCUUUCUUCCCUUUUAAUACCACACACAUAAACUCUUUGUGACAGCCUACACUUGCACACAAAGAAGUAAAAACAGUAGGAAGAUCAUCUCACAUAUCGUAAGGAUCGAAUGGCGGAUUGGGGGCCGGUGGUGAUAGCUGUGGUGCUGUUUGUGCUUCUGAGUCCGGGGCUGCUGUUCCAACUGCCGGGGAGGGGCAAGGUGGUGGAGUUUGGGAACAUGCAUACGAGCGGGAUAUCGAUCCUCGUCCACACCAUCAUCUUCUUCGGCCUCCUCACCAUCUUCCUCAUCGCUGUUGGCGUUCACAUCUACACUGGAUGACCAUUACCUUAGUUUCCACUUUAGAGAAUUGCUUUCUUAAUUAUUUCAUUUAAUUUCAAUAUGCAUACUUUGUUCAGAUUGCUUGUUUUGAAUUUGAACAGUACUGUUUGAUGUUCUAAGUUUUUCCUUAUGAUCGAUAAGAAAUUGGUGAGAAUAAGUUUCUUAAUUUGGGGAAAGCAUGUACUCCUCAAAACUUUCUUUUUUUUUUUUGAAAUUUCUUGUAUUCUCUAAUUUUUAUUGAACGCCAUUGGUUCUUUACAUCUAAGAGCAUCUCAAAAUAAUAUGCCAAAACUGUCACAUAGGUAUAUAACAGUAAUACAAAUUGUGGUUAUGUGUAUUAAAAAUUUAAUAACUUAAAAAAUAAAAUUUCUCACCACUCCUAUUAAAACACUUGGUGUACCACUUGUGUUUCCAUCACAACUAAAAAUUUCUCCACAAAGUGAUUAAAAAAAAAAAUUAGAAUGACAUUAUUAUUUAACAUAUUGGUUGGAUCAAAGAAUUGUACAAAAUGCCAAAUUGCCACAUAAACCAUUAAAUAUCGAUUUAAUGUUUUAAAUUUGACAUCUCCUUUGGAGAUGCUCUAAGAAGUCAUUCUCUAAUUUUUUUUUUUUUUUUUCUUAUGAUCAAAAUUGAAUGACCAUAAAUUCUUAACACCAUGUGAUCAAGAGACCGAAACUCUAUUUUGACGUGAGAAGCACUAUUCAGACUUGAUCGGGAGAAAACCACCCCAUUUUCAGUUCUUAAGCACUUGGCUGUUUGAAGUUUCCAAAAAAACAAAAAAAACACUUGGCAGUUUGAUGUCAUUUUCCCUUGGGCUUUUGACAUUUUCACCAUCUUCCUUGGUUGUAACUUGUACACUUCGCAACCCCUCACUGACUUGUCGGACAUCGCCGCACGCUUUUGUUUUCUACGUCACAAUCAAUCAAUUUUCUCACAGCUAACAUUAUGAAUUAUCGAGAAAAAGACAGGAGACAAUGCACAACUAAUGGCAGCCUACAUCCCCACUACUUACCU